AGACAUUGUGGAUAUCUUUUUCUUUCCACAAAGGAAGUCAACCGAUCUACAAAUCCAAAGGGAAAAGAAGAUUCGUCGACCACGAAGGCUCGCUAGCAAAUAAGAGGGGAAAGAAGAAUCACUGAGCUAGGAGGCCUGCUGGGUUGAUACUUCAAACGCUGCUUUGUAUGACCUUUCGAUUUCGUCACUCCAUCCCAGUGCCCCCGACAGCCCAGGACAUAUCAUUUUUGGCGCCAUUGUAGAUCUCCUUAUUCGAUAUUCUAUUGCUAAGUAUGAUAGACAACUUUGUACCAGUUAUCAAGUUCCGACAAGACAAAGAGAACCAGAAAAACGGCAACGACGCUCGGGAGUGCCGAAGAUGUAAGAAGAGGAAAGCGAGUAGAGAGUUUCACCGGGACUGGUGGACAAACGACCAAGGCCGGGAGACGUACCGACGCACCUGCCAGGACUGCCGGGGCUUACCAUUGCGACUGCCAGCCGUCGGCCAGCCAACCGCGGCCGAACUCGCUCCACCGGGCGAGAAAGCCAUUUCGGGCCUCCUCGGUACUCUCAGUCGUCAGGUCUUUCUCGACCUCACCAAUGACCCUUCCCGGUUGAUCCGGGAGCGGAUCUUCGACCACCUCCGCCUAAGCUCACUUGUCGACAGCGACCACUCUUCGCCUUCCUCCUUGGGCUCUCAUUGUUUGUCUCGGGCCGAUGCUUGGGGGACGGAAAAUCGUGAGCUAGGCGGGCCGCAGACGGCAGCCAAAGAGGACCGGCAGCGCACCGAAGACCUUGAGCAGAGGUCAGAGAACCAAAAAGAAGAAUCGCUGGGGUCCGAGCCGCCCACUCGACCGUAUAACACUUCGGAGUGCGUGAGUGACAUCAGUUCCCCGGGAUGCGACGCCCGCUCAACCGGGACUAGGAACCUGCCCAAACUCGAGCGGCCAAUACACAACCAACUGUGGCCCGCUACUCCUACAUUCAGCUUCCGAAUGGUCGUAGGCGCCGAUCAACGAUCCAACGACGGUCUAGAUGAUCCAACUUGCCCGAAUGGGCUCCACUAGGAUCCCUAGACGCUCACGGUUCCAAAGUGAACUUUGAACGCUUCAGUACACAGUAUAAGGCCCUCAAACUUUGAUGCUUGCUUAGAUGAUUUCAUUGCUGUCCCUUUUUGCUGUAGAAGACUUUGACUACCAUUUUUAUGUAUCUUUGAACUUAAAAAAUAGGCUGACUUGGUGAUUAAAAAAAUGAAAAUAAAGAGUAGUCCCAAAUAUGAUAGGCCAGCUAAUGACCAGAAGCCUUCAGCAAGUGCUUGCUUUUCCAUGGCUCCAAAACUGUGAGAUUGCUAAUUAGGUUCAAUCAUCACUCAUUUUUGGUGUAUCACUUCAGGAACCUUAAGCACCUGCGUAUAAUCAGGAAAAGCAAUG